CAGCUUUGGCUGAAACAGCUGUGCGUUCCCGCCAAAUUCGAUACAGCAGAUGUGGGAGCGCUAAACUAGAGCUGGAAUGUGGAUUGACAAAUAGCAAAAUGCAGCAAAGAUCACAGCCAAUAGUUAUCUAAAGCAACAAAUAAUUAUUUGCAAUACAUACUAGUGGACAAUUGCUUUAACGUUGAGCAGUUUUUUCGUGUUCGUGUUCCGUCCAACUUGACUUGGUGUGCGGCCCAAAGAUGUUUAUACAAGAUUUGAAGAAUGAUUUCUACGGACAGCUGAUUGGCAAGCGCAUUCUAAUCAUUGUCAACUAUGAUGUGGAUGCCAUAUGUGCAAGCAAAAUACUGCAGGCACUCUUUAAGUAUGAUCACAUGCUCUACACAGUGGUGCCCAUUAUGGGCUUAACUGGACUGCGUCGUGCCUAUGCCGAACAUCAGGGCGAUGUCAAACAUGUGCUGCUAAUGAACUGCGGCGGUUGCGUGGACAUUGUGGAGCUACUGCAGCCAGAUGACGAGGUGACAUUUUACAUAUGCGAUGCACAUCGUCCGCUGGAUGUUUGCAACAUCUAUAGUGAUCGGCAGGUAUGUAUUUUGGGCGAUCCCGCGCUGGAAGAGAAUAUACCAGCGUUUGAAACAAUAUUCUAUGACGAGGAUGAAGAAGAGGAUGAGCAGGAUGAGGAUCGCGACAGUGGUGAGGGCGAGUCCGAUGAGGGGGAAGGCGAUCCCGAAACAGGAGCGCCAAAACUCACACGCAUGCAACGACACGAGCAGCGUGUGAUGCGAAUGCGUGCACGUCGGCAAUGGGAACUGGAACGCGAUCGCAUUAUGUUCGAUUAUACGCAAUUUAGCUACUACGGUCGUUCGACGGCGCUCAUGAUCUUUGAGCUGGCCUGGAAGCUGUCCAAGGACAACAUGGAUCUGCUCUGGUGGGCAAUUGUGGGCAUUAGCGAGCAGUUGCUGCUGGGCAAGAUCGAGAGUGCUGCCUAUACCUUGGAGCUGGAGCACAUACAAUCGCACGUGUCUCGCUUGACCAACAAGACCAAUGAUCAGCAUACGAUGAGCGCUGCCAAGAUCAAUUUUGAGAAGGAUCUGCAUCUGGUGCUCUACAGACACUGGACGGUAACUGAGUCUAUGCGCUAUUCGCGCUAUGCUGCUUGCCAGCUUAAGCUUUGGACGCUGCGCGGUGAGAAGCGCCUGCACGAGCUGCUGGUCGAGAUGGGCCUGCCGCUGGUGCAUGCACGCCAAAUGUACAACUCAAUGGAUCUGGUGUUGCGCAAGGAAUUCUACUCGAUGGUUGAGCAGCUGGCCGACAAAUACGACAUUCCGGACAUUGUCUACGGCACAUUUACGCUUAGCUAUGGCUAUCGCAGUCGCUACGCCGCUGCUGACUAUGUCUAUGCGCUGCUUGCGAUCUUGCAGUCGGUGAAGAAGCAUAAGACGCCAGAGGACUGUUUCAUGGAGGCAGCGGAUGCACUGAUGCGUCAGCACAAGCAACUGCUCAUUGCGGGCAUUGACAAUGCCAAGCUGCUGCACGCGGCCAUCUUUCGUCAGGUGCAGAGCUGCCUGGAGGCGCACCAGGUGCACUCCACGGGCUCAUUCUUCUAUUAUAUACUGCAGGAGGAGCAUGCAUUCUUCUCCUAUCCCUAUGCGCUGGCGCUGCUCGCCAAGUUCGUGCUGCACGGCCAUGUGGCCACAACACGCGCACGCCAGGCACCAGAUAUGCCACUCAUUGCCACCUGUCCGCUGGACGCGACACAGGGCAUGUGCCUGCUGGUGGGCAUAGCGCCGGUGCGUGAGGAUUCGCCCAAGAACUUCUUUGGCAAGGCCUUCGAUCAGGCCGCCCAGAAGAGCAAGGUGAGCUUGCUGCAAGACUUUUUUGAACCCUCCAUUGUGCAGCUGCGCCAAAGUGAUCUUACACGGUUUCUGGACGCGCUUACAGUGCUGCUCACCUAACCCUAAUCCCCUUCUAUACCUGCCCCCUACCCUACACAUAUAUGUAAUUAAGCUAUAUUAAGCGUGAACUAAUUUAUGCAUAACAUUUGUUUUUUAAUCCAUUUUUUUUUUGGCUAGACGUAGAUUAUUUAAGUAAUGAUUUCUAACGAUGUACAAGCGACCAACAAUUUAAUGUUAAACAACUGAAUUAACCUAACUAUUUAAGAUCAAAACAAGUCAAGCAAUCGUGCAAAGAGGACAUCAAAUUAAACAUAUAUGCUAUAGACACUUAAGGCCAACGAAACAA